UUGGUUAUUCUCAAGUGCGCAGGUCUAAAAAGUGAUAGUUCAAAUUCAGCCUCUGCAAGUCCCAGGUGUGAUGGCCGGAGACAGAUUGAUGCCGAUUUUUCCCUGCGGAACAGCGGCGGAGUCACCGUACGCAGCAGCAAAAACGUCGGUGUGGUGGGAUAUAGAAAAUUGUCAGGUACCUAGGGGAUGUGAUGCCCAUGUAAUCGCUCAGAAUAUAAACGCGGCAUUGAAGAAAAUGAACUAUCAUGGACAAGUCACCAUUUACGCCUAUGGUGACACCAACGGCAUUCCUUUGUCCAUUCAAAGAGCCCUUUCUACUACAGGAAUCCGUCUCAAUCACGUCCCAGCCGUGACUAAGGAUGCGAGUGAUAAGAUGAUAUUGGCGGAUAUGCUAUUAUGGGCUGUGGACAAUCCUGCACCUGCCAAUUAUUUGCUCAUUUCAGGAGAUGGAGAUUUCUCCAAUGCCAUUCAUCAGUUGCGGAUGAGGAAAUAUAAUAUUCUUCUAGCACAACCUGUGUAUGCUUCUCCUGCACUUGCUGCUGCUGCCACAAAUGUAUGGCAACGGACAACCCUCGCUGCUGGAAGAUCUCCACCAGAAUUUGCUUUUAGUACCAAAACAUUACGUCCAAUUUCUAAACCUAUAUCAGCGAACCAACCUGAUUUUUCCGAUGCCCAUGCCAAUACCAAUACCAAUGCUACUGCUUCCGCGACCCAAAGUUUAUCCAAUCCAAAAACUAAAGCUAUUGACAUACCUAAGAACUUGGAUCAACUGACUAUGACCAGCAUGUCAGGUACGCCAACUAAAGUUGAAGAAACUAGUAGCAGCUAUAGCCCACACGCACCAUCUGUUGCACCAGUGCUGUUUGUACCACAUCUCUUUUUCACAAAGUCUGAUGAUUCUGAGAACCUCAACAGUUAAUUCAUAGAAUAUGAAUCUGCUCAGCGUACUCAAUCCCAACCUCCUCUUGUUCCCCACUUGAUCAACGACUUGAAGGGUUGGAUCAAAACUCACUUUCUGUGGCAAUCAAUUAGUAUAUAUCACUCUUCCAGAAAUUAAUAAGGAUAAGGAUACCAAAACAGGUACCUUGUUGAGAGAUCUCGUUUAGUAUUUUAUAUGGAUCAGAUAUCUUGGAGUUACGGCUUUUAAAAGAAGCUUAAGAUUAUGUAAGACAGUAGUACAUUCUGUGCCAACUUGAUGACGGCAUAUAUAGGAGUGAGAUCUUCAAGAAUGUUUGGGGGAACUUGUAUCUAUCCCUGCAACGUCAAAAAAAAAUAAUAUAUAAUUCGUCUUUUGGCCAGAACAUGAUCAACUCUCCAUGGACUUCUCUGUUAAUUUGCUCACAUUAUUG